AAAAAUUAGAUCGAAUUGCCUCAAAAUCAAACUUUAGACACCACAUGCAAUGAUCUCAUGGAUCAGGAAUAUUUUGCAGGUGUUAAAGAAAGUACUGUGGUAGUUUUUGUUGCUGUUUAGUGUUUUGGGAAAAAAUCAAAUAAAAUGUGGCUUUUACCCCGGGGGAGGGGGUGGGCCUUUAGCCCCGUUGGUCCUUAAGUCAUAUUUGUACAUGUAAUGUGAUUGUAUCAGUAUUAGACAUUUAGGAAUAUACAACAACUCGGCUAACAAGUGCUUUCGUAACAUGGUGUUGCCGUGACGACUGAACGUGAUUUUCUUCCUCCUCCUCUCACAGCCCACGAGCUGAUUCUAUGAUGUGGUGUGUGCAUAAGUCAGUCUGGUGCUUCUGCUUGUAUACCGUUAUUUGGUCGGCCUGCACGUUUUGUUCGAUUAUGAUACACUCAUGUUUAUGUAUUCAUCUUCUCCAAAAAAAUCUUCUUAGACACAUUCCGGUCAGGAAACGGGUUCAAAGUCUUGUGAUAAAGUAGCUAUUUUUGUGAGUUUACCUUCAGGCCACCGGGGUAGAUUCCCACAGUGAUGUCUGUUUUGAGCCGUUAUUUAUGUUUCAAUGGACACUGAACCUGUCGCUCUGCGAAGCCUCAGUAUUGUUUUGAUACUAGAAACAGAAAGGGGGUGUGGGAUGCGCUGUAGGACGCAUGCUCGCUCCUCUCUUCAUCCGGGUACCUGCCGUUGACCGUGGGUACAGAGGCGGGAAAUGGCGUCCAGAGGUGCUGGGAGGACAGAGGUGAAGCUCGUCUGAAAAGACGUGAACAAGAACCGGCGUUAGAUUGCGGCGGUCGUCGCUACCGCAACUGUGAAAUCGACCGUUAUCCAGCGAACAGAUCCCCCAGAGCUUCAUCCAUCUUACAUGUGACUCUCAACAAAAUGAGGCUGAGAAUGCGCAAGGCUUCUCAGCAGCCAAACCUCGCUCGCAGGCCCCACCCAGCCCCGACCAAACGGAAGCACUCUGAGGUGGAGGAGUGCUCAGGUGAAAGGAAGGGCCUUCUGUCCAGCAUCAAGAAAAUCAUCCACGGAAGUUCCAUCAAGGUAGAGCACGAGAAUCCAGCUAAGAGGAAUCGUUUGAGCUGCGAGCUGAUCACCUCCACACCGCAGAGGAACAACUUGCCAAGGAAAAGCAUUUACAGAGCCCGUAGAAGCUCCAUCAAUGGAGAAACCACAAACCAUGACACGAGUAAGCCUAAUGGGAUGUUGGAAGACUGUGAGGAGGUUGUGAGCAGCCCGCCCCGCACCACCCUGCUUGGAACCAUCUUCUCUCCUGUCUUCAGCUUCUUCUCACCAGCAAAUAAAAAUGGCUCAGAUUCUCCAGGCCAGGCAGUGGAGGCAGAAGAGAUUGUGAAGCAGUUGGAAUUGGAGCAAGUAGAAGAGAUGCCCGCCAGUACUGCCAUAUCUAGAGAGCCCAUGGGUGUCUCUCUCUACACCAGUGCCAUGCCCUCACACCUAAAGCCUCAACUCCCCACUCACACAUCUGCAGAGGAUGACGAUGACACCCUGCACUCUGACCUGCCUCCUCUCACAGCUCCUGGCUCUCCUCCAACAGGGGGGUAUGUGGACGCAUCAAUGCCUGUCCCAGCUGAAGGAUCAUAUGAGGAGGAGUGGGAAGUUUUUGACCCGUAUUUUUUCAUCAAACAUGUACCUCCGCUAACAGAAGAGCAGCUAACUCGAAAACCUGCACUCCCUCUUAAGACUCGCAGCACUCCCGAAUUCUCCCUGGUGCUUGACCUGGAUGAAACCCUUGUCCAUUGUAGCUUGAAUGAGCUUGAGGAUGCAGCACUAACCUUUCCUGUCCUCUUCCAAGAUGUAAUUUACCAGGUUUAUGUGCGAUUGAGGCCAUUCUUCAGAGAGUUUCUUGAACGCAUGUCUCAAAUUUAUGAGAUCAUUCUCUUCACUGCCUCCAAGAAAGUUUAUGCAGACAAAUUGCUGAAUAUUCUCGAUCCGAAGAAACAGCUGGUGCGGCACCGAUUAUUCCGUGAGCACUGUGUCUGUGUACAAGGAAACUACAUCAAGGAUCUGAAUAUUCUAGGACGAGAUCUGUCCAAGACCAUAAUUAUUGAUAACUCACCACAAGCCUUUGCUUAUCAGCUCUCCAAUGGAAUUCCUAUUGAGAGUUGGUUUAUGGACAAGAAUGAUAAUGAGCUUCUGAAGCUGGUCCCUUUCUUGGAGAAUCUGGUGGAAUUGAAUGAGGAUGUGCGACCACAUGUCCGUGACCGGUUUCGGCUGCAUGACCUCCUUCCCCCUGACUGACUCAUAGUGGGACAGUAAUAAAGACAAUAAAUGCAGAUAUAUGCUUUGGAUAACAGCAUCAUUGCCAUUACUUUUUAAAUUAACUUUUUCCCCCCACAUUUUCUUUACUAUGAUAACAGCAAAACACAAAUGGCAAACGUUUUUGACUCCCUUUGUGCCCUCCAAUCAGAGGAUUUUGAAGUGGUUGUGUGGUAUCUUCAGUCAUUUCAUCCAGUACAAAGUGAAUGUGUAGCAUUCAGAAGAGAAGAGGUGCUGCAAUGGGAUUGGUUGACACUGUUGGGCUUUUGACCAAUUUCAACAGGAAUGGCCAGUAAGAAAAGCAUAUGGUUUGACACAAGUUAGUUCUUUGUGAUUGAAUGAUUUCCCCCCCAAGGUUCAUUUUUAAUAUAUUCGUUAAGCAUUCCUCUCCAUCUCGGUGUUUGUUUUGGUUGGUGUUUACUUUAAAAUAAUGGUUUCUCAACUCCUGGCUUGUCUUGUUUGCCAAAAUGUGUUCAUUCUCAAAGUGCAAAAUUUUAAUAUUGUUCUAUUCUUGAAUUGUGUGUUUGGUUUCACGAAGCCAAGAGGAAUCGUUCUCUUUUUAUAAGGAGUGACUGAAGUAGAAUGGUUUAAACCGUAGUGAUGGCUGAUUCAUAUAAAAUGGAUUUGUAGUGACUAAAUAAUUAAAUUCUUCUAAAAGAAUUUCCCUUACAUCAGAGCCCAGCAACUUAGUAUUGUCUCUCCACAUAUUCUUACACUUUGUAAGAACUAACAACAACAAAGAUCUAAUGUAAGUUGUUAAUUAGUAGCACCAUGUAAGGGUUUAAAAUACUAUUUAUCAGCUAUUGUUACCUUUUUAUAAUUUUGUACUUAUUGUUUUCAUAUUUAGCCUGUGUAUUUUUUGUUUUAUUUUUAUUUUUAAUUUUUUUAUUACUGGUUUUCUUCAAGAAACAUCACCACAAAUGCAUUGUUUUAGUGUUAGAUUACAAGCAAGUAUUUCAUGUUAAAUAUUACAGCUAAUGUAGCAUUUACCCUGAGCUAAUCUAUUCUAACUGAACUGCAAAUGAAUGGAUAGAAGGCUGUAUCCUGGAAGAGCCCUGUUUAUAGCACCAGCAUAACAGCAAGUCUCGUCGCUGUUGUUUAAACCUAACUGCCUGUAGUUCUGGCUUUUCUUCUAUACUGGGAUUCUUGGGGAGUUAGCUAUGUCAAGAAGUAUUUUGUGAGGUAAUCUAGAUGAAUGAGUGUGUGUUUGUCUGGGGAAGAAUGAGAAAUUUAUAUAUAUAUAUAUAUAUAUAUAUAUAUAUAUAUAUAUAUAUAUAUAUAUAUAUAUAUAUAUAUAUAUUCUCCUCUCCACCCCUCUCAUGUUGCCUUUCAAUUUCACAUUUGUAGGUAAUACUUAAGAUUGAGUAACACAGAUUAAGAUACAAUAGUGCCAUUCAGGGUGAGUAAAGCAGGGCCAGGCUUAUUUUAUUUCCCUCUCUCGUUUUCUGCUGUAUGUCCUGCUAUGCGUUGUGUUUUGUAUUGGAAAUGAACAUGUUCACUUUCUUACUCAUGCCGCUGGUGCCAUUUCUGCUCUUUGUGUACAGUGUGCUCUUUAAACUGGGUCAUUCUUAGUAAUAGACAAUCACUAAUUACAUCAUUUGUCUACAUUGGAUUGUGACCAUGUCAUAGCAAUUUGUUGUUCUAAAUACAUUUUACAUUUUUUAAUUUUGCCUUUUGGUUGAAGUGUCUUUAGAAAAAAAAAAAAAAAGAAAGAGAGAUCUUCCUCUUGCUCUUAUGUAGUAGAAAAAAAUGGCUGUGUCCAUUUAGUGUUUUCUUACCAUUUUUAAAAUGUAAAAUUUUAUUGGAAGGUGUUCAUACUGUAAUUCUCAAUAUUCCAUGGUACAUCCCAAUUUAGAGGGGAGGGGGUCCCAAGGAUCCUGCUCUACUGACAAGCUGCCCAAAUGCUCUGUAUUUUUAGAAUGAAUUGGUGAUGGUUAUACAUACAGCAGCAUAUGGUAACACAGUAUGUAAUACACAUGAGUAGCAUUUUAUUAUGGUCAAGUAUUCUUUGUCACUACAUGCUGAAUCUUCAAAAGAUGUUAAAAUUAAAGGGAAAUGGGUUGCAACUACUUUUAGGCCCUGGCACUUUCUUACAAAGACAGAACUGUUUUAUAUGAAUGCUCUUUGACAUUCAUGUUAUAAGUAGUAAAGGAUGAUGGAGAGGUUUGUUUCAUUUGUACACCCAUUUCAUUGUAAUAUACAUUACUUUUUUUGUCAAAUGCAUAUUGUACCAAAUACAUGUAGCUUCAUGAAAAAAACUUUAAAGGAUAAUCUUUUUGUAUUUUGAUUUUAUAUUCCAAAAGGCAUGUCAUAUCUAUUUUUCAAAAUGUAUUCAUUUUCCAAUGUAUUAUUGCAGAUCUAACUUGACAUCAGAUGGAUUUUUUUUAACUACUAUAUCUGUGUAUAUAGUUAGCACAAUCACGAAACAUUCUCAGCAUGUAAAAAGCCUGUUAUAUAAGUUGAGAAUUUAAUUAAGGCACUUUGUUUUGCAGAUGAAUGUUUCAGGUUUAUUUUCUACUUUACGUUUUCAGAAGCCAUGUGGCUGCCUAUUGUCCUUGAGCUGCAUUGGAAAAACACUCAAGGGUAAAUGUCAUUUUCUGAAAUGUGUUAUUUAAGAUUGUUCAUAUAAUUGAAAUUAAGUCUUUGGAAAUGUGCAUGCUCUAUUCUGUUAAUGUUGGCUUAUGUCAUAACAACAUGUUAGAUACUUUAGAA